CCUCGACAGGUGGGGAUGUACGAGAUCGCGGUGAGCGCGGGGAACAAACCACGUUUACUCUCGCGCGUGUCCGCCGUUUUAUUCGACGUUGGGUUGAACAUUGCCGAAGCGCACGUUUUUUGCACCGACGAUGGUUACGCGUUGGAUAUUUUCAUAGUCACGGGUUGGCGACAAGGAGACGCGGCCUCGGUGCAAUCAGCCGUACAGACAGCAUUAGAUGCCGCGGACUUUAGCGAUUUACCGGCAUCUUCGAAAGGAACGAACGCGAUCACCUCCAGUCAAGGAUCUGAGGGCAGGAUGUCGAACCCCUCUGGCGAUAGGUCAAACUCAGAUUCCAUCUCCAUAGACGGCGGCGAAUGGGAACUCACUGAAAAACAGCUCGUGUUUAACGAAAAGAUCGCUAGUGGAGCGUUUGGGCUUUUGUAUAGGGGGAGCUACUGCGGCCAAGAGGUGGCCAUCAAAGUCCUGAAGAGCAACGCCGCGGAGGGCUCGGGGGCCGAGACGUUGCGCGAAUUCGCGCAAGAGCUCAACAUUUUGCGACGUGUUCAUCACAAGAACAUCAUACAGCUCAUCGGAGCGUUGACAAAGCAAAAAACGAUGUGUCUAGUCACCGAAUUCAUGCACGGUGGGAACCUUCUGCAGUACGUGCAAGAGCACGCGCUCAAGCUUCCCGAGCUCAUUCGGUAUUCUCUAGGAGUCGCCAUGGGUUUGGAUUACUUGCACAAGAUUAACAUCAUCCAUCGCGACAUCAAGACGGCGAACUUACUUUUGGAUGAAAAUAACGCGGUGAAGAUCGCAGACUUUGGCGUCGCGCGCAUCCAGCCCACGGAUGGGUCAACCAUGACGGCGGAAACCGGCACUUACCGAUGGAUGGCGCCCGAAGUCAUCGCGCAUCAAUUCUAUAACGAGAAAGCUGACGUGUACUCGUACGGUAUCAUGGUUUGGGAGCUCGUGAGUGGCGGCGAAGUACCUUAUCCCGGCUACACCCCCUUACAAGCCGCUGUCGGCGUCGUGCAGCGCGGGUUGCGACCGACGAUUGCUCCGUCGUGCCACGCCGUCAUCGCGCAAGUGAUGCAGUACUGCUGGCUCGUCGACCCCAACGCCCGCCCUGGUUUCGAGCAAAUCAUCUCGUUGCUAAAGCACGUCGACGUUCCGCGCGAACAAGAGGGCAAGCACGGGUUUUUCGAUCGUUUGAGAUCGGUGAGCUUCAAGUCAAAGAAAAAGGAAGCACAAACGCGCAGCGGUUGACGAACGCCGCGACGACGCCCGUGCGUCGUAGUCUUAGCUACACGAAUUACGCGAUGUA